GAAGAGAACCAUGACCCAAUUGACACGUACACGAUCGACAUCGCUCUUUUCCACUUUGCUUGUUGUGAGUUAUCGCGUCGACUUAGCACAAUAAUCUGUUCAAAAUGCCUGUUCCAUCGCAAUCAUCAACAUCGGUAGGAGGGAGCCGUUCUCCUUCAUCUAAGCAGGUAUCAGCUAGAGGAGCCUCAGGAGGCGGUCAAGUCAGACAAAGAAAAGGCACAAGUUCCGCUGGCAGAACGAGCCGAUCAGUAGCAGGUGGUGGCAGCGGAAGUGGAGGUGGUGGUAUGUGGAGAUUCUACACUGAAGAUUCACCUGGUCUUAAAGUCGGUCCCGUCCCAGUUCUUGUAAUGAGUCUCAUCUUCAUCGCGUCAGUGUUUAUGCUUCACAUAUGGGGAAAGUACACCAGAGGCUAAACUCCACGCAUUCUCAUCUCGCCAUCUCGGAUACCAAUCAUGCCAUCUUAUGUCACAGCUAGUAUACCAUCGUCAGACCCCUUCAAAGUUGUCGCCAGAAAAGAACUCUUUCUACCCUUCGUUUGUCUGACCAUUAACCCCAACUGCUAAAGAAGGCAGCGCUUCAAUGGAGAUGGAUACCCAGGACGUUGGAUCACAGCUUGUUUGAACACGUGAUUUACUUCAUAAUGAAUGGUAUAAUCAAUUGCUGGACAUAAUUUAUCGAUCAAUAGCUUGACCUUCCCCACUACCCUGACGACAUUUGCGUGGAAAACAAAAUUGCCCCCAGAUUGGAUCGAUUUGCACACUUUGUUUGUGAACGAACUUUGUUUAUAGGUGAGGUGUUUAUCACAUGUUUGCAGGAAUUUGAAAACCACUUGCUGCCGAACUUAUAACAGGUCAAUGGGUGGGUGGGUUUGGGUAUCAUCCGAUGAAUACCCUCCUGCUAAUCAACCAAAUCAACAACAUGUUAUUGACACAGAAACGACCUUUAUGAGUUGUUUACCGCCAACUUCUGGCUUUUUAUUUUUCAAACAUUCCACACAGAUCGAAGACACCCUCACAUCUUAGGUGGAGAAUUACAUGUACAGGAGUUUGUUGUUGAGGUUGUUUGGUUAUAAAAUAUAAUUUAAUGUUUAGGAGGUAAUGAAAUUCAGCUACAAUAAUUUUUAUUAACAGUGACAGUUUCAUCAAGCAAAUUGAAUGCGUUGUUUUUUUUCUCGGGAAUGUCUACAAAUGUCAAUUCUUUCAAGCUCCUAAUGCAGAUGUACUUUGUCAGACAAUUUUAAUAAAAGUUUUACUUCAGAAA